AUUCCAGAGAAUUUAACAUAACCUUAAAAUAUAAGCUCUAUUAUAUUAUAUGCAAAAUAUAAAUAAACAUGAAACUUCAGUCUCUGCAUAAAACUGGUUCAUUUUUAAUAACCUCGCAAUACCAAAAAAUUAUUCACAGGAAUGUGCAAACUUCUGUUAUCAGUUCAGAUGAAGCGAAGCGACAGAGUGAGUUAUUUUAUAUGGAAAGUAAAAGACAGAAGGCCGAAAUCGGGCGCAUUGAAAAGAUUACCGUUAAUUACUUGGGAGUUCCCGAAGACACAACUUUAGUUAUGAACAAGGAAAUAUCAACUCCGUACGAUUGUGCCAAACAUUUAGGUGAAAUGGUGACAAAUAGGUCGGCUUUGGCUUUGGUAAAUGGAGAACCGUGGCAUAUGCACAAGCCAUUGCAAGAUUCGUGCAAUUUAGAGUUAUUACAUUACAACAUACCGCAACCCGCUUUGGUUAAUAGAGCCUUUUGGAGGACAUGUAGCUUCAUAUUGGGUGCCGUUAUUAAUAAUGCAUUUAAAGACUCACUUAAGGUACAUUUACACAGCUUCCCCAGUCCCAAUGUACGCUCUGGUAGUUUCAUUUAUGAUGCACAGAUCGAGUUAGAGAAUUGGACGCCGACGGAAAGUGAACUGCGUGUUUUAUCUGCGGAAAUGGUUAAGUUCUGUCAGCAAAAUUAUCAAAUUCGUUGCUUGGAUGUGUCUGUUGAGUGCGCACUUUCCAUUUUUCACAAUAAUGAGCAUAAAACGAAACAAAUACCUAACAUUGCUGCGUCUAAUAAAGGGAAAGUUACACUGUUUAGAGUUGGUGAUCAUGUAGAUAUAUCCAAAGGACCUAUGGUUACAAGCAGUAACCAUUUAGGAAGAAUAACGAUUGCCAGUGUAUUUAAAUUGGAUACAGACAUACCGGGCGGUCCCAUUUACAGGUUUCAAGGAGUUGCCUUGCCUAGAUGCAUUGUGCUGAAUCAUGUUGCAUAUAGUAUCAUUGAAGAACGAGCAAAAACUUUGAAUUCGGCGAGAAUUCCUAGUGUCCAAGGAUUCUCUGAAGAGGAAAGUAGUUAUAUGAGACAAUCUGUAGCUUAAUUUGUAUUGUAUUAAACAUGUAGAAAUUGCA